AUGAACGUAACAAGAAUUUUAAGUAAUUCGAAAAUUUUGAAAAGAAAUAUAGAAUUUAAAGAAGUUUUCACACCAAGAUGGUUUUUAGAAUCACCAAAUUAUAGUCGUAUGCCAUUAUGGAGAAGAUUUUUUGAAGGACAAUAUACAAAUGGAUCAUUCUUAUUUUUUGGAAAUACUUGGACAUCUAUGUUUGCCUUUGCUUUUGUUCUUUGGUUUUCAAGAAUUUUUGAUCCUCCUCCUUUAGAAAGAGUUGAUAAAUAUUGGUUAAAUUCUCCAAAAUUUAGAAUUUUAUCAGCUUUUUAUAAUGAAGGGAAAAGACCAGGUGUUAAAAUUUCCUUAAUGACAUAUGAAGCCAGAUAUUUUUAUAGAGGUAUUGAUCAUCCAUUUACAAUAAAUGAAAUUAAAGAUUUGUGGUUUAAACUAAAAGAAAAUUAUCUUAUUGAAAGUAUACCUGCUAUUCAAUAUCCUUAUGUUUUUAGGCAAUAUAAUAAUGUUUCUACACCUUCAGAUUUACAUGUUCAUCUUCAUUAA